UUUUCAAUCCUGCAUUUAAGCCGAUGCUGCCAUAAGAAAACAGAGCUUUUUUUUCCCUAAUCAUACAGAACAAAAUGAAAACAAUGCAUCUUCAAUUUAUUUGCAAUUACUGAAGCACCAAGAUUCGGUUGGCAGAAGUCCACAUUUUCAGCAGUAUCUCAGAACAGAGCAGAAAUGAGUGCAGCGCAACUAUUACCAAAGGUGCCUCCAAAGCAGUGCCUUCUGGACCUUUAUACUAAAAGAGAUAAAGUGGAAGCACAUCUUCAGUCUCUGAAGACCAGGAACACUGUUCUCACAAGCUCGGCAGAACACAUCAAACAGCAGAUUUCUGAUCAGUAUGAAACAAUAAGAAAAGUCCUGAACAACGAUGAAAGAGCAACAUUGGAACUCAUUGACAACGAAAAGAGGGUCGCUUUGGGGAAAAUCCAAAAGAUCAUCAAGGAAUGGACCAACAACUUGGAUGAAAUAAAUAAAUCCAUCAAAACAACACAAAAGAUCAUUGACCAAGAAGAAAGCAAAUUGCAGUCAAGUGAAGAUCAAGAAAAAAGCCAAGUACAAUCAACAGGUCUACAAGAAAACCGAAGCAACCCAAGUCAAGCCACAAAUGUCAAGCUAACAGAAUAUGGUUAUUCAAAGAAAACGGAGAACGAAAUAUAUGCCAUUAAAAUAGAUGAAGCCAAAUUUCAGAAGCUAUCAAAAUUCAUACGGAAAAUUUCAACCAAUCUGUAUUCACAAUUGCAAAGGAAAAUAUUCUUACUAGAAUACUCACCAGUUUUCUUUGAUAUUGCAUCAGCACAUAAGAAUGUGCUGGUUUCAAAGGAUCAAACUAGCAUAUGUGUGACGAGUGAAGCACAGUGUGUUCCUGAGAGCCCUUUACGAUUUGACAAGGUCUACAAUAUUUUGGCUGCCAAAGGACUAAUGAGAGGAAAGCAUUAUUGGGAGGUACAGGUCAAUUCUUCCACUCAAUGGUCUGUUGGAAUUGCAUACGGAUCUAUAGAAAGGAAAGGGAAACACAAAUCCACAAAACUUGGGAGAAACAGACAAUCCUGGUGUAUUGAGUUAAAGGCCAACCAGCUAUUAGCAUGGCAUAAUGACAGAAAGGUCAACUGCAGCAUGAAGCCCAAUAAACUGGAUAAAGUAGGGGUGUACAUUGACUAUGAGAAAGGACUUGCUGCAUUUUACAAUGCUGAUAGCAUGAAGUUGAUACAAGAAUUCUCCAGCGUCACAUCAAGUCUUUUCGACAGAAUGCAUCAUCAUUUCACUGAACCAAUUUACCCUGCUUUUCGUCUCUUUCCAACAGCUUCUAUACACUAUGAUAGAUUGGAGUUAUGCAAAUUUGAUAUUUAGAAAGCAGCCAUAACAAAGCACAAUAAUCUGAAUUUAUGGGGCUUGUUGUAAUUCACAAGGUUCUCAUUUUGGGGUUACACAGUGAAAGGCGUCCAAGUGCUUCCACACACGAUGAAGAGAAAGGCAACUGGCUGCCAAUUCACCCCAGCUCAUUUGUUCUUAGAUUUCUAAUUAUUUGCAAAAGUCAACCAUUUAAACAAGUAAAUAUAGUAAAUAUGGGAAGUUAUAUGUGCAUCUACUAUUUGCAACAUAGCCAAGCAGGUGAUUCUUCAAAAUAAAAAAAACAUAAUACAUGGUGCUUAAACUUUCAGGGGUGGAGAGGUGCUGCAGAACAGUAAUGCGAUUCUGAACUAUAUAAAGCCCUAGAUAUACAGAUCAGUAAUUAUUCCAGUGGAAAGAUCAAUGUUAUAAUGACCAUCUUUAGAGACAAGGGAGUGAAAGAACUUCUACACAGUGAAAGACAUGUUAAAAUGGAACUGUGCAGGAAACCAUUACCAAUUUUAUGUGAGGCAACCCCUCUCUCUGCAAAAUUAUUCCAUUAUUUUGUAGACAGGAGGUUGCAGAGAGAGCCAUGAUUUAGUAAUAAUCAGGCACAAGGACCAUGGCAUCAUUUGUACUAGAAUAGGUCCUACACUUCGAGCCCUGGAUGAAUAUCUUUUCACAUAGCAAGUAUGCUCCGGCAGCAUGGUGGGGAGGUGGAUGUUUGGAAAUGUGAUUGAGUGAUGAGAUGUUUGGACACAACAGGACCCCAAGGGACAUCUAUUUGCAUCUUCGUGUGAGUGUAUACUCCUGCAAGACAAUGGACACUAAGGCUCGCCUAUCAAGGAAAUAGAUAUUGAAAACCUACUGUCAGCAUAAAACCUACACUUCAUUCAGAAAUUUAAAAGAAUAAAAUCUUUUCACCAAAUAUUUGGGGACAUCAAAAAAUAAACUUUUCAAUCUUGUACAAAUACACAAAAA